AUGGGGGAAAGGAUGCGACAUGCGGAGCGACAGCAGGCGGAGCUGGAGGCGAGGCUGGAGGGCGCGCGGGGUGAGAAGAGGCGCGCGCGGGAGAGGGGCAAGGAGGUGGAGAGGCGCAUGGGGGCGGAGGUGGCGGCAGUGCGCGCGCAGGUGGAGCGCAUGGAGCGGGACCUGGCGGGGCUGGCGCACGUGCAGCGGGAGCUGGGGCAGGUGGCGGAGGAGAACGCGCAGAUGGAGGGGGAGGUGGCGCGGCUGAAGGAGGAGCUGGCGCAGCGGGAAACGGAGGCGCAGUCCGCGGCGUGGGCGCAGGAGGGCGAGGUGCAGCUGAUGCGCGCGCAACUGCUCAUGGACGUGGGCGAGUGGCAGGAGCGCGCGUGGGGGGAGGCGGAGGCGCGGGAGAGCGCGGAGGAGGAGAGGGGGAAACGGCAGGAGGCAGUGGCGGCGCUGCGGGAGGUGGCGGAGAGGCAGGAGAAGGUGCUGCAGUGCGCGCUGAGGCAGCUGCAGGCGAAGCUGGGCGAGGCCGUGGAGUCGCACGACGACGUUGUGAAGGAGGCGGUGCGCGAGAAGGAGCGCGCCAUCGCGUCGCUCCGCGCCACGCUGCAGAUGCUAGAGGGGCACGAGGAGGAGCGCGCGGGGGAGGUGACACAGGCGGAGGAGCAGGCGGAGGAGCUGCGGGAGCAGCUGGCCACGGCGGAGUCGGCAGCGGAGGAGUGGGGGCGGGAGUCGGCGCGGGUGCGUGAGGCGCACUCGAGGGAGGCAGAAGCAGCAGGGCAGGCGUCGGAGGAGGAGGCGCGGAUGGUGGUGGAGGGCAUGCACGCGAUGGAGCGCGCGCGCAUGGACGUGGCGGCGCAGGCGCGGCUGAGCGGCACGGACAACGCGCAGAAAGAGGCAGAAGCGCGCGGGAGGGAGCAACUGGGGGAGGUGGAAGCUGAGGUGGCAGCGGUGGUGGCGCGGGAGGGGGAGCUAGGGUGGGUGGAGGCCGAGUUGGAGAGGUUGAGAAAUGAAGCAUCGAGGUUUGCAGCGGUGAUGGAGGAUUCAGAUCGGUUAGAGGCGUGGGCCGGCGAGACAGGGCGAAUGAACGAGGAGCUCUGGCAGGCGAUUGUGGAGAGCAGGGAGAGGGCGGCGGGAGUGGAGGCGGAGCGGGGGGCGGAGUGGGCAAACCGGCAGGCGGAGAGGGAGGAGUGGGCGCGGGUGGAGGCGGAGCGGGAGGAGCUGGCGGGGGCAAUCGAAUCCCUGAAGGCGCAGGUGGUGCGCGCAGACGAGAGCAUGCAGGCACAGCAGCAGUGGUACGACGCGCAAGCACGUGCGUUCCAGGAAGGACUAGCGGCCGCGGCGGCCAGCGCGGAGGCGUACCAGCAGCAGGAGGAGGCGGGGCGCGCGGAGAAGGAGCGCAUUGAGCGCAAGGCGCGGUGGGGCAAGGUGGUGCCGGCGGGCGAGCUGCCUUGGGAGUACUGGAGCACGCUGCUGCUGACCGUGGACCAGCUGCUGCUGCAGGGCCUGCUGCUGCCUCAUGAGACGCGCCAGCUGAGGGCCAUGGUGUGGCGCCGCAACGUGCACGUGCAGAAGGCGUGGGAGUCCGUUGGGGGCGCCGAGGUGGUGCGCGCCGCGCUGGAGAGUGACGGGUCGCAGGGGCUACGGGCGGGAGAGAGAGUGGGUGCGGUGGGAAUGGAGGAUACAUUGGUGGCAGCAGCGCUGAGAGGAGUGUUGGAGGAUGAUCCCAAGGACAGAGCAGUGCUAGUGGCAGGGCUAUAUGGACUUGGCAUGGUCUUGCUCUCACACCGUGCUGCCCUUGCUCUCUGA